AUGGCCAGUGAGAGCGAUAUGCGGCGUCAUUCACUGCUCGAUACUCUCUCUGCGCCCGCCCCAAAGCAGCCGCCGACAUUCAACUCCGGGUCCACCGCCGACCUGCCCGCUCUAACAACGGUAGCAGAAGAUUCGACAUCCCCAAACAUUCCCAAUUCCUCGGCCGACCUUCCCCGAGAUAGCAUAUCCGUGGCGUCUACCCAUGGCGUCCCUUCCAUAGUCGAACCCGUCGAUGGGCCCGCGUCGGUCGCUGGCUCCGACCACUCUCACAAACGCCGACGCUUUUCGAUGCUGAGGUUUCGUAACGCGUCAGACUCUCAGCUGGCUGCGAAGGCGAAACUCCAUGCCGCGGCGCAGAAACCCCCACCAGUACCGCGCCCUCCGGAAAUCAUCACGACAGCCCCGACUUUCAAUACUGUCGGGCCUCGAAAGAAGACGUCUCGGAUGAAUUUUGGGCGACUACGUCGAUCUGGCGAACUUUCUCGGACGGAUGAGGCGAACGAGGCGAACGAGGCGAACGGCAGGCCCGUCGGCCACGAGCGGAUAUCUAGGGUCCCUGAACAUAGUGUGUCGUUUGACGAACCGAAUCGCCCGUCGUUCUCGCACGCCCACGGGCCGCCACCAUAUGGAGAUGAGCGCUCGUCGGCAUUGGCACUGCCUCCCAACAGGCUGUCCGAGUCUUCGAGGUCGGAUGCCAGUUCGGGGGACAGGGUCUAUGGCACUACCACGACGACUACCCACACAGUUCACACCACAACCACCUUUUUUAGACUUCCGCGCAGGAAACCCAAGCAGCCGACGCCCUUGUUUCCUAUCGCACACCUCCAACCAAAGAGCAAGCCAUCCUUCGCAGAGGACUCAAAUCUCUCUAACUCGUCUUUCGCCGCAUCGGACCGGUCUGGCGCCAAUGCCUCACGGGGCAGCCAAUUCACUCCGACGCAGUCAAGGGCGCCGUCGAGGAACGGGGUGACGACACCACCUCCCACGAAUCCAGGGGCCGCAAUGUUGGGAAGGCCGGCCGCAUCCCCGGCUACGGCCCUCUUCCGGCCCAGCUCCCGGCAAUCUGGGCAAUCUUCACCAACCCGGAGCUAUAUACAUCGAAGGGGUAGGUCCUCGACCAUGAGCUCGUUGGGAAGGAAUUCCCCACGGGAUUCAGUAGAGGAUCACUUAGCUCCUCCGACCACAAGGACCUCGAUAUCGACGGGCCGAAAGAGCUUCAGCGAUCUUCUUGGUCUCGGCCGGCUACGCCAGGGCUCGGACAUGGCGGCAUCUCGGCAAGGCACAUUGACCCCUAUGACGCCAGGCUCUAGCACAUCCAAAAACAACUCUCUGCAACUUCCUCGCGGGUCCGUUAAUCUUCCGGAGCGCCGAGAGGAUGACACGCCGGCGAAAUACCUUGAACGUCUCCUCGAUGUUGUUAGCAGGAGCGUAGUGGCAGCUGCCCUCUCGAAGAACAACGACCCAUUUUCGCAGUCCGUAUUGCGGAGUUAUAUGCGGGGCUUCUUGUUCUUUGGUGACCCAAUGGACAUGGCGCUGAGAAAGCUUCUGAUGGAAGCAGAGUUGCCAAAGGAGACGCAACAGAUCGACCGUUUCGUACAGGCGUUUGCGAACCGGUACCACGAAUGCAACCCCGGGAUCUACUCAUCGCCAGAUCAAGCUUACUUCAUCGCUUUCUCUCUCCUCAUCCUCCACACCGAUGUGUUCAACAAAAACAACAAGCACAAGAUGCAGAAGGCCGAUUACCUGAAGAACACGCACGGGGAGGGCAUCUUCGAUGACAUCCUGGAGGUUUUUUACGACAACAUCACUUACACCCCAUUCAUCCACGUUGAGGAUGAUUUGGAUAUCAACGGCGAACGGAUAAUUGCGCAGAAAGCGCGCAAGAAGUCCAUAUUUCCACACGCCGUUCCGGAUCCCGCCAAAAGAGUGGCGAAGGAGCCGGUUGAUCCCUACACGCUUAUCAUCGAUCAUAAGUUGGACUUGCUCCGGCCCAAUCUGAAGGACGUGAUGCAAUUGGAUGACCCAUACGGCUACCUGGGGACUGUCAAGGCCCUUAACAUGAAGGAACUCCAGAGAACUUUUUUCAAGACCGGUGUGUUGCAGAUAGUUUCGGCAAGGUCACGUCCUGACGCUUUCAUGACGGAAAAGACGGUUACGAACCCGGAGCAAGCCCACCCUGGCAUCGUGGACAUCAAGAUCACCAAGGUCGGCUUGCUGUGGCGGAAGGAUGCUAAGAAGAAGAAGACAAGAUCACCAUGGCAAGAGUGGGGUGCCAUCCUUACCGGUGCUCACCUCUACUUCUUCCGCAACACCACGUGGAUUAAGCAGUUGAUGCACCAACAGAGAGAUCACCUUAAGAAGGGCCACGAUAGCGACCCGUGCAUCUUCAAGCCGCCCCUGGAUCAGUUCAAGCCCGAUGUUCUAAUCUCGACAGACGGCGCGGUGGCCUUGCUGGAUUCUAGUUACAACAAGCACAAGCACGCAUUCGUGUAUGUCAGGCAUGGCGGGCUUGAGGAGGUUCUCCUAGCCGAGGACGAGGACGAGAUGAACGACUGGCUCGCCAAGCUCAACUACGCCGCCGCAUUCAGGACGUCUGGCGUUCGGAUGCGAGGCGUCAUAGGAGGCAACUACGACGGGCAAAGCCGGCGCGCAAUCAGGGGAUCCGGGAGUGGCGACGUUCAGGUCAUCCAGACUCCCUCGGGCGAAGUGACGGUGACCCGCAGUCGGAUCGACCACCAGAUGGCUCAGGAUAUUCUGGCCGCCCGGCGAGAUUUCAUGCGCCAGAAGAUCAUCGAUGCCGACGAGAAGCUGAAGGAAGUCGAGGCAGUUCUCGAGUCUCAGCUUCGCAACUCGCGGCAUCUUCAAAUACUCGCCCCGAUAUCGCCCAAGACACGAGACCAGAUGUUGCUUUCAGCGGCACGCAUGGCGGCACAACUCAAAUGGACGCGCAUGGAGAUCUGGAAGUUGAAAUGCCAUCGCGAUGUUUUGCAGCUUGAUAUGGAGGAAGAACGUCAACUUCUCGGUCUUCCGCCAGACACGAAAAUGGAUGGCCCGGCUAAGACUCUCACCCGGGAAGAGUCCAAGCUCAGCCAGCUCUCUGCUUCUCAAAAGAGCCUACGAUCCCCAGAACAACUGUCCUUGACAAGGUCAUCCUCCGUCGCUGCGAGGUCAGAAGAUGGCUCUUCCCCGGUGACCGAGGUCUUUCAAACACCACCUACUAGUGCGAGCGUCAGCCAAGAAGAUUCAUGGGUUUCACCAGGCGCCGCAUCCGAUCACCGUGGCCCGAGGAAGACAUCGGUCUCGACCGCGAUUGGAUCGGAUGCGUCCAUCCCCGGGACGCCGUCAAACAACGAGGCUGGGCCAUCCACCUCCCCGAAGAAGCGCGAUUUCGAAGAGUCGGAUGACGUGGAUGCUGGCGAGCGGGGCCUGUUGGAACAAGCCGGGCUUCUCGAGCCCGAAACAUCACGUUCAUCGGACCACCGGAGCACCAACGAGAACGUGGACGGGGAGGAGACCCCCGAGCGUCGUGAGCGCCCCUCCAGCGGCACUCCCGCCGACCGAAGCGAGAGGAGCAAGAUUCGCCGCAGUCUACAACGCACGCUCCGGGAAAGCGCUGGCCACAUCUCGCAUCACCGGCAUCGCAGGGCCAAGGACUCAACCUCGAAUGCCACGUUGUCUGACGACGCGAACCGGGAUGCCCCCGAUGUCCUACCUCGGGGGACCGGAUCAUUUGUGGUGCACGGGAAGAAGGCUUCGGUGAUCACUUUUGGCAACGAGCUUCAGAUGCAGAGCCUCGCGGCCGAGGAACGUAUCCGCCAGCGGCUGCACCGGGACGAUUCAUCCAGCAGCCGCACUGGUGUAACAGAAGGCACUGAUUUCCAGUCCAUCUUGUCUGCGCGGUCCAUGAGGGAUCGCGAGCAUCGCGGGUCCGCCGCCAGUGCAAGCACCGCCACGGCAAAGAGUUUCAGGGAGCUGCAUAGGAAAUACUCUUCCGCCGCCAGGGGCAUGAAUGGUAACCUUGCGUUGCCGUCUGAUGAGGACAGCGACGCGGCGGUCAGUUUCUCUGAUGGGCACCGCACGCCUCUCCCGCCUAUUGACGGCGAGGAGGAGCAAGAACGGGAGCUGGGGAACAAUGCCAACGGAGACACGGACGGUGUCGAGUAUUUCGAGCUCAGCCCGCCGCCCAGUCGCGAGGGCCGCAACACGGUGUUCUUUACUCCCGAGCCACCGUCGUCGCCGGCCAUCGAGGCGUCAAAGGGGAAAGAAGUGGAGGUGGAGCACAACGACAUCGCCGAAGGCAGCGAUCGGCUCCCGAGCCCGCCAUUGCAGGCCGUUGGUGCCUAA